UAACUUUAAAGCCAUAUGACUUCAUACGGUAGACUCAUUAGCCUGUUUGUAUAUCCAUUUCAGAUCCGGUUCCAGCCGAUCUGGCGGCACCAGACUGUCCGUUGGAUCUCGACAGUCUUGUCACUGUGGUAUCUUGUUUGAAAGGUAAGCCGGGUCAAAAACCGCCUGACCCAGGCAAGACCCGGAUGAGACCAACCAAGCGACUCAGUGAGCAGCAAACGGAAUUCAACCCCCGAAAUGUGGAGCAAGUAGGAGCCUACAAGAGUAACGACAGUCAUAAGCUCACGACCUUUCAAAACGCUAGUCCGUGCAAAGAAAGCGUCCUCAAGCUUGCCACUGACCUCUCGGACUACAUCAGUAGUUUUCAGUCUCUGCUUUUCCAGAAAUCUGAAGCUGCCGCCGACCGCGUGAAAUCAACAGAGAAAUUGCACGAGCUUGAGGAACAUUUGCUGAAGCAUUUGGAUGAAUUGCUAGUCCCACCACGUUUAUCCAAGCCAUCUGAAGAUGUAAUUAAAGCUCAGAAGACUUUACCACGGAAAGAACCUCCAAAGUACGUCGAAGAAGUACCAUCAGUCAACGCCGCAGACGUCACUUUCGAGCAGACCGGUGGAGCGGAUGGCACCGGUGACUUUGUUUGGAAUAAGAAACAACUUUCAGCCUGGAAUGAGUACAACAAGCUGCUAAGUUAUUUGCAGUCCUAUUACUCUUCCUGGUACAAUGCACAAGCCGAGUACACAGAAGCUGUGAAUAAACUACAGCACUUGCGCGAAAUGCAGGCCGAUCGUCAUAAAUGAAGUCGCGCGCCGUAUCUCAUCUCACAGUUGACCAUGGUAUGCUCUCCCUCUCACUGCCAGAAUCAUGAUAUUUUCAUAUCUUUGUACAGUGACCAAAACAC